AUGUCCGCCCCAAACUCUCCCACGCUCGGGCUCUUCCGGUCAGACGCUCGACCGGGACCGCUCACCAUCCCACCUCCGAACCUUGAAGGUACCGCUACCGCUACCGCUACCGCUACCGCUGCUACCUGGUCCGACCCACGCCAGUUCGUUGUCGGUGCUCCGCCAAACCCGCCGUCUCCUCUCGCUCUUCGUGCGCUCACCUCACCUUCGAACCGCCGGGCUACUUUGGCGGCUCCUACACUACCGCUCGGGCAUGCAGAUAGCAUUCGCAAGCGGUCCAGUCUACCUGCCGAUAUCGAUCUCAGCACACUCGACUACAUCACAGCCUGCGACGAGAACCUCAUCUGCCCCAUAUGUCGAUGCCCUCUGGACAAGCCGGUAAGGCUUGCAUGUGACCAUAUCUUCUGUGACGAGUGCCUCAACCGGGCACUCGAGGCACAACGGAAUGGAGAGCGCAACUGCCCUUCGUGCCGCACCCGCGUGCACGGGUGGUCGGAAGAUGCGGGAAAGCAGAAACAUAAGACGUCCAUACCUAGGAUCCUCACCCAGAUGCUGGACGAGCUUGUGGUGAGGUGUCCAAACGGCAAGGCUGGCUGCAAGUGGCAGGACAAGAGAGGGGAGGUGCAAGAUCACGUGGACCGCUAUUGUGACUAUACGUUGCUUGCCUGCCCCGAGAGCGAGUGCGGAGAGGUCGUACCGCGGAAACACCGCGGCAAGAGCUGCCUUCACUUCCAUACCAAGUGCGAGGACUGUGAGCAAUCCGUACUGCGACUAGACUUGGAAGCUCACCAAGAAUCCGAAUGCCCGAAGCGAGCCAAAGACUGUUCGAAAUGCGGCGCCAACAUUCCUGUCCGCGAACUCAUAAGCCAUCUGUCAUCCAAAUGCCCUGAGACUAUCGUCAGCUGUCCAGGCUCACCCUACGGCUGCUCUUUCCAAUCUCCCCAUGCCGACCUCAAACCGCAUACCAAGACCUGCCCCAUCGCAGCCAUGGCCCCAUUCCUCAGCGCCCAGCAAGCCCGCCAAGACACCCAGGAAGCCCAGCAAAAGCUGCUGCAGCGCAAAGUUGACGUCCUCGAAGGCGGCUUCAGCAGCAUCCAGUCUCUGCUUUACACCUCCGAUGCGGGGACCAGAACACCCACCACACCGCUCGAGGCAAUGUCGGACCCAAUGCUGCGGUCCGGCUCCAACAACGGCGCAGCCUCCGCCUCCUCCACAGCACCGGCCACCGAGAACCCGCCAUUCGACUCCUCGACCGAGCACCUCCUGUUCCUGCACGACUCCCUCCGCAACGAGAUCUCCCGUGUCGAGAACGCGUUGGCUGUUCUCGACGCCCGCACCACGAUGACCCUGCUGAACGAAAGCCUGCGCGCCAAGGAGGAGAUGGCGCAUACGAACGCGGCAAUCAACGGCAUGAGGAUGCAGCUCCACUGGCUCAUGUCUGCGAGGCUGCAGGCGCAGAGGGAGCAGAGCGGGCCGAGGGCCGGACCGAGUGUUGGUGGAGGCGGGGCUGGGGGUGCGGCGGGAGCGAGUGCGCCAAUGCUUAGGCCGGUAAGGAGGUCGAGCGAGGAGAGUAGGCAGAAGCUGUGA